UUUAGUUUUCUCUGGAAAAGUUCAGUUAUUCGCCAAAAAGAAACCCCAAAGAAGGAUUGUCGAGGAAAGAGGUCAAUUAAUGUGCCAGGAGUAAUAGACAGUAGGCCAGGAAAAAUGCCCUCAGUCAUUCCAAAAAAGCAGAAAAAAGGGGAAACUCCCACUAUGGCUUAUCGUAGAUUCCUGGUGAUGGAAUGUGGGGAUGAUACUCCACGCGGGAUGGCUGCUUUGUCCCCGUUUUCCAUUGCAAAAGCCCUCGAUGGCAUGGGCAGGAUGAAGAUUACCCUACUGAAGAACCACAAACUGCUCAUUGAGACCCAAAAUCCCGAUCAGACGGCCAAGAUCUUGGACAUUAAGGAAAUAAGGAGUGUUCCGGUGAAAGUCUCCGAACAUCCGAUCCUCAAUCAAUCACGAGGAGUGAUAAAGUGCAAGGAGAUCUGCUCUUGCAACAUGGAAGAGCUUCUAAAUGAUCUCAAGGAUCAGAAUGUGGUGAAGAUAAAGGAAAUAAAGCGUCAUAUGACGGAUGCGGAGCACGCAAAAUGCCUUCAGGAGAAGCGUAAACCCUCCCGGAUGCACACGGGCUCUUUUGUGGUGACCUUCAGCACACCUGUUCUACCUCCUGUGCUCAAUAUUGGCUACCUUAAACCCGAAGUUAAGCUCUACAUUCCGAGGCCUUUGCGGUGCUUCCGUUGCCUCCGCCUCGGGCAUACCAUUGAGUCGUGCAAGGAGAAGCAACCAGGGAAAAAGAAAGCCCAGAAGUGCGUCAAUUGUUCCGGGGAUCACGAGAGCUGGUCAAAGCAAUGCCCGGAGUACGUGAAAGAAUGCACUGUGUUGCAGUUGAAAGCUGAAAAUGGUGUCCCCUACAGGAUGGCUAAGGUUUUCGUUGAUUUUGCCGGCGGUGUUGGAGGAAGGAACAUGCAGGGAAGACCGCUAAGAGGUCCUCCGCCACCAAUGGGAGGAGGUGUUCGGCCACCACAUGUAUGGAAUCCAUCACCAUAUGGACCACAAGGAUGGUAUCCUCCAGCAGAGGGACCACCGAUUUGGAAUCCAGCAACACAUAUAUUGGAACCAACACCAAAGGGACCGGAUUCAUCUCAGAGCAAUGGGACAAGUCAACCUUCUGCCGGCAAAGAGCCCCCAAAACUCUCCAAGAAUGCCAAAAAACGUGCUAAAGCCGCUGCCGCCGCCGCUGCUGCUGCUGCUGCAAAAGAACAAUCCCAAUAAUCCCACAAAAAAAGCUCAAGGAGAGCUUUCAUUGAUUCUCGCAGUUCCUAACAAAAGUGAGGUUAAGUGUCUUCAACAUACUGAAAUUAUGAAUUUCUUCCAUUUAUUCACAUUGAAUUGAAAUAAAAUUAUUUUUCUAAGCAAUA